UGCAGGCUAAAUUUGUUACUGUAUAUCUUGGUCAAAUUGAAUUCAAUACAUUUGCUAUAUAUAGAUGGUUCAUUUUGAAAUCUUUUUUUUCCAGGCCGUAAUUCCCGCAAUUUGGAUUUCUACAGUUAUCCUCAACGCGCCUUUCUUUCUGACAACAUAUUUCAGCAAAGCAGAUAACUUUUGCCUGGAGCACUGGCCAGAGGAAUGGAUGGCUAAAGCUUACAGUUUAACAUGGUUCGUACUCCUUGGUGCCUUGCCGAUGGCUGUAAUGAUUGUGUUGUACUCCAGGGUCGUGUAUUCUCUGUGGAUCAAGGAAGAACAGAGUACCAGCACUCAAAAGGUAUUUAGAAGAAGUUUUAUUUGCUAUACUCAGGGUGUCAUUAGCGUCCGUAAACGCGUCACCAAAAUGGUUGUAGCGGUUAGUGUCAUCUACGGACUGUGCUGGACUCCAGACCUCGUCAUCUAUGCGAUGAUCCACUUCAGCUCCAAGCAUAAUCUUGGCGAUGCAGCUGACAUAAUUUCCAUCCUUCUGGUGACGUGCAAUUCAACCGUUAACCCGUUCAUAUAUGCCUAUGUAAAUGGUCGGUUCAGAAAACGAAUCAAAGAGUUGUUGUGCUGCAAAAGCGGACAAAGAAACAGGAUUCACGCUGUCAGGAGAGGCAGAGAUCGAGAGGCCACACUUACAAACACCGUGACUGAGCCAACGGCAGCCACAGUUCGUGGGGAGGCACAAGAGAGCAGCCUUGGAUUUACUCUGAACAAUAUUUCGCCCUGCCACUGACUCAAUAUUUCAGUUAACAGCAAUUACUUCACCGGUCUAUUAAAAGCGCUCACCAGCAUGCUGUAAUUUUAAUUUGAAAGUGACUUCAAACAUAAUUAUGUUUGCCGCUGUGCUGAGUAAAUAGAAGGACUGGUAAUAUUAUAUUAAGAUAAAUUUCGUUUACUCAACUUUUCUUUCCUUUGGAUCCAACAAAAAUUUAAUCAAUUAAUAAGUAACCUACCAAUCCGAAAUUGACUUAAUAUUGUGAUAUAUUAUAGCGGAUAGGAAAUUUCCGAUACGCCCAGUCGAAUCAAACAAAGUUUCAAACAGGAUUUUGUAAAGAAUAAAAACUUGUGCAAAGUGUGACAAAGACUCGGUCCCGGUCAGCCGAGAUAAUUAUUCUUAAUACUGUCUUGCUGUUUUCGUUUUCAGUUAAUAUUCUCCUAGAACGACUAAUGCUGCUAUAAAACACGAGGGCGCCAAUCAUUGUUGUUUAUAAUUAAGGAUCACGUGGAACCGGUCAAAGCGUCAACGCAUGCAAUUCCAGAUAUUUUUUCUUUACUGCAAUGCUGUUGUCAAUAGUUAGUAAUGUAAGUGAUCUUUCUCAAAGGAAUGUAUAUAUUGUAAGUAACUUACGCAAGUUUUAUCUGGUUAUCCAUCAGCUCCGUAAUUUUCCGAAAAUUUAUGUAGAUAAGUUAUUUUUUUCGG